CUGAAAUGCUGCGGUGCCGAGCCGCAAUCACUCGGGAACAGCACGGCUCAAGCGCCCCGCGGCUCCCCCGGCGAUAGCAGCCCGACGCCCGCGAGCCGCUGCCCGGCCACGCUGCUUGGCUUGGAAUUAGCCGCCGUUUGCCUCCAAUGUGCCUUGGGCAGCAGCUUGCCAUCUUUGCGUUAGGAUUUCAGAUGCAUGCCACGUUUCCAUUGAAUGCCAGAAGUGGAGAUCUCUACAGAUGGAGCCCCAAAGUCAACAUGGCAGUGGCGGUUCAUUAGUUGUGAUUCAGCAGCCUUCCCUGGACAGCAGGCAAAGGCUGGACUAUGAAAGAGAAACUCAGCCAACAGCUAUCUUGUCACUGGAUCAAAUCAAAGUUAUUAGGGGCAGCAAUGAAUACACUGAAGGUCCAUCUGUGGUGAAGAAGUCUGGUCCACGGACAGCACCAAGACAAGAAAAGCAUGAAAGGACUCAUGAAAUCGUACCAAUUAAUGUGAAUAAUAAUUACGAACCCAGGCCCAACCAUGUAGGACAUGUGGCACAUCAACAUAAUGUCAGGGCCCCUGUGCUGAGCAGAUCAACUAGCACUGGGAGUGCAGCUAGUUCUGGAAGCAACAGUAGCGCUUCUUCAGAGCAGGGACUGUUGGGAAGAUCACCCCCAUCCAGGCCAGGUUCCGGCCACAGAUCUGAAAGGACCAUUCGGACACAGCCCAAGCAGUCAUCUUUGAUUGUAGAUGAUCUGAAGGGUCCCUUGAAAGAGGACUUGACACAACACAAGUUUAUCUGCGAACAGUGUGGGAAGUGCAAAUGUGGUGAAUGCACAGCCCCAAGGGCCUUACCAUCUUGCUUGGCCUGCAACAGGCAGUGCUUGUGCUCUGCUGAGAGCAUGGUGGAGUACAGCACCUGCAUGUGCCUGAUCAAAGGAAUUUUCUACCACUGUUCCAAUGAUGAUGAAGGGGACUCAUACGCGGAUAAUCCCUGCUCUUGUUCCCAGUCACAUUGCUGUUCCAGGUACCUGUGCAUGGGAGCAAUGUCCUUGUUUUUGCCUUGUUUGCUGUGCUACCCUCCUGCAAAGGGAUGCCUAAAACUGUGCCGAGGGUGUUAUGACCGGAUCAAUCGUCCAGGUUGCCGAUGUAAGAACUCCAACACUGUCUAUUGUAAACUGGAGAGCUGCCCCUCUCGGGGUCAGGGCAAGCCUUCAUGAUUUUUGGAGGGAGAUUUGAUUUGACUUCCUCAGACUUUUGCUUUCAGGUUGUGGCUGAUUUUGCUCUUUGUUAAUCCUUUAACUUUCCUUCCUUUACCCACUUUUCAUAAAAGUCCUUUUCUUUGCACCCUCCAUAUCCCUUCUUUGACUCAGACAAGUGUGGUAUAUUUUACUUAGUCAUUUUCAAUCUUUGGUAAGCAUGGACUAUAUAUUUACACCUAAGUCCUCAGCUUAGCAGGACCUUUUAGGCUUGUUAGUAUAAUCCGCUCAUUAAAGAGACAAGGAGGGCUAAUGGGCUUUUUUUGCAGCCUCUUGCUCUACAGAAAACUUCCCAAAGAUGUCCUUUUUGUUCUCCUCAACUGUGGUUGUUUUGUUUUUGUUUUUGUUUGUUUUUUGCUUCAGAGGAACAAGUCCAACAUUAUUCCAUGACUGAGCUGGAUUAUGAAACAGUUUAAAAAAUAGUCCUGAAGGGGUUGGAACCUUAGAAAAUAUAGCGCUGGAUUGAAUUUUUUUUUUUUUUUUU